AAGGAUACGCUGCAAGACUUGAUCGUCUUGAUCGUUGUUCGGAAUUUAAUCGAUUAUCAUCAGAUAAAUAAUUCUCAUUUACUAAUCUCGCAAUAAAAGAAUUCAUUCUAUUAAAUGAUGUCAUACGCACUCUUUUUUUUUCAAUAUAAUAAUUAUAUAACGAAACGACGAAAAAGAACAGAGAACCUUUCGAUAAUCAAUUCUUUACCAAAUAUUCGAAUAUAAUAUAAACAAAUCAUUUUCUAAUAGAGAUAUUUUAUUUCUAACAGUUAACUAUUUAUAAAGAUAACCUUUUACUUUUUUAAACAAUUAACCAUUUACAUUGAAAUAAAAUCUUCUAUUUUACAUCGAAUUAUCUUUUAGUUUCAUUGAGAAAUUUUUUUUCGAUUAAAAUAUUCUAAUAAGAUAUAAUAUAUGUAAAAUCUCGUUUCGAUCUUCAAAGAUGAGACAACUAUCAAUCUCGACAUUUUUCGAUUAGGAUUCAAUAUUAUUCUAUAGUGACAAUUUUAUCUCGAAAAUAAAAUAAAAUCAGUUUACCCGAUUUUCAAUAAGUAUGGAUUCCUUAUUCAAUAUUAAAAUUUAUAUCUAUUUGUUUGUUUUAUUUCGCUUUAGUCAAUUGAACAAUUUUCUGCUAAAACAAAUCGAACAACAUUUAGUAUUACUUGA